CCUGUUCCGGAACUUAAAGAUGAUGGAAGCUUGAGGUUUCCAUGGGCUGCUAGAAUGAAUCCUGCUACAAGAAAUCUUUAUCGAGCGGCUAAUCCUACCUUCCGACUUGACGGAACUCCUCAGGUUAUCAUCCCUUCUCAGGUUCUUAGUUUAGGACCAGAAAAUAAAAGAGAGUAUCUGAUUGGCCAGUUUCAUCGUUGCUCUCUACCUCCUGGAGGUUUGAUUCAUGCUGUAGUAAAUAGGCUGUGGGGAAGAAGUUGCAGAAUAGGAUGUCGUAAGCUUAGCGAGUCAUCUUAUAUGUUUCACAUUCCUCAUGAUUCAACUCGAGAAUGGGUAGUUCAGAGAGGUGUAUGGCAUGUUGACGACUGUUUGUUGUUUGUUUCGCCUUGGAAAUCAGUAAAUUCGCUCAAAGUCCCUGAAGUAUCAACUAUCCCGGUUUGGGUAAACUUAAAGAAUGUUCCAGAUUGUUGCUAUUCAAGAUUAGGUCUCAGUCAUGUAGCAUCAGGACUUGGUGAGCCUAUGCAAACGCACAAACCGCGCCUUGAUCCAACUUGCUUGGGGGAAGCAAAGGUUUUAGUUGAAGUAGAGCUUGAAAAGCCCUUUCCUAAGCAAAUUGCCUUAGAUGACAAACAAGGUAAUAUAUUCUUGGUAGAUGUUGAGUAUACUUGGAUUCCGAGUACUUGUGGUAGAUGUGGACACUUAGGACAUAAAGAGAAAAGAUGUCUACUCCCAGCUGUCCAAAAGAAUGAGGAAACACUUCCAGUGAAUGAGGUGAUGAAUGAAGAUCGAGGGGUUGGGUCGGAUAAGGAACAAGCUCAGGUCUAUACUGCAUCGGAAAAAGAGGUGGUACAAGUUGAAGAUUCUGAAGCAAAUUUGGAUUUAGCUUCUACUGAUCAAAUUUUAGAACCCACUAAUGUGACAGAGAUUGAAGAGUUGCAAUCACAAAAGGGUGUUGAGCUUAAGGCUCUUUCAACGCCGGUACACUUUCUCGUCCAUUCUAAGGAAACUAUAGCCAUUGGCUCCAACUCUCAAUUCACUACAUCACCAUUAGCAGUUUGGAAUCAGGAGGCAAUUCAUUGGCCUUUAUGUACACACCUACGCAUGGCAGCCCUUUUCACAAUGCUAUUGAGCAAUUCAAUGUUCAUGAUGUUGGAGAUGGGUUAAUGAGUGAUGCUACGGCAAAUCUCAACAUGUCAAGAGGUGGGAGGCCAAUAAAACCAAGUCAAAAAUAUCAAGAUAUGGAUUGGAUCAAGAUACAAGGGAAAGGUAAGCGAGGUCGUCGAGGCCGUGGAUACCACACUCCCUAGUGUUUCCUUCUUUCUUAUCUUGCUUUAUUAAGCUUAUGUCCAUAAGUUUCUAUUUUCUAAGUUAUUGCUUAGCUCAAUAUGAGAUUGUUUCUCAUCAUGCUUUCUAAAACUUUAUGGUUUCAAAACCAUACCUUGUAUGUUUUAUGUUUUUAAUUUGAA